ACUCACCAAAAUUCCCUCUCUUAGAAUUUCAAAAAAUAUUUCAAAAAUUCAGACCCACCCCCUCUCCUCCCACCGCCCGCCAUUUGUUUUUUUUUGGCGAUCUUGUUGACACCAAUUUAGAGUUUUUAUGUAAUUAUACGUAUUUUAUUGGGGAUAAUAAUUAAAUAGUGUUAUUAUUAUUGUAGUUAGAUAUAUGUAGGAGGGUUUUUAUCAACCGGGCGACUUCUGAUAUAUUAUUUAUCGGAGUUAUUAAAUAAGAGCUGCAGAAUUUUAAUAAGGUCAUAUUAAAUUUUUCAGUGGAUUGUUUUUGUUGUAAACAAUACACCAUUAUUCUUUUGUGGAAAAUAACUGUAAAAAAUGCGUCUAGUAAUCUGUGACACAGUCGACUACGUGUCAGAGUGGUCCGCGAAGUAUGUAAUGAAGCGUAUCCAUGACUUCCAACCUAAUGAGAACAAGUACUUCGUCUUGGGCUUGCCUACAGGAGGAACUCCUCUAGGGAUGUAUAAAAAAUUAAUCGAGUUUUAUAAAAAAGGCAAGCUAUCAUUUAAAUACGUAAAGACUUUCAACAUGGACGAGUACGUAAACCUGCCAAGCAGCCACUCUGAGUCUUACCAUUAUUACAUGUACCACAACUUCUUCAAGCACAUCGACAUCGAGCCUUCAAACGCGCACAUUUUAGACGGAAACGCCGCGGACCUUGAACUAGAAUGCCGGAACUUCGAGAAGAAGAUCCAGGAAGCCGGAGGCGUGGACCUCUUCAUCGGAGGAAUCGGCCCGGACGGGCACAUCGCGUUCAACGAGCCCGGCUCGUCGCUGGCCUCUCGCACCAGAGUCAAGUCCCUGGCGCAAGACACUCUCGAGGCGAACAAGCGCUUCUUUGACAACGACAUCGAGAAGGUCCCCAAGCAGGCGCUCACUGUCGGAGUCGGCACUGUCAUGGACGCCAAGGAGGUCAUGAUUCUCAUCACCGGGUCACAUAAAGCCUUCGCGCUCUACAAGGCCAUCGAGGAGGGCAUCAAUCACAUGUGGACCGUCUCUGCCUUCCAGCAACACCCCCAUGCGCUCUUUAUUUGCGACGAGGACGCUACUCUAGAGCUUCGGGUUAAGACUGUCAAGUACUUCAAGGCUCUCAGUGAUGUUCACCGGAAGUUGAUUGAAGACUAAGCUGUAAUCUUGGGAGUUGUUUUUUAUAAGGAAAUAUAUUUUUCUUACGUAUAA